UACUAUAUAACAAAUAAUUUGAGGAUGUUAUAUUUGUUGUUAUCAUGGCUGUUAGUAAGAGGCAGUGACGGAGCACGAGCAAUAUGGGCACUGAACGCUGGUGGAGGUUCUCACCGAGGAGUGGAUGGGGUCAUGUAUAAACCAGACAUUUCUGACAUGCCAGGAGUUGCGUCUGAUCACGGUGUCACACAUGUUCCUCUACUUGCCCGAGUUCAUCCUCAGGACAGAAUAUUGUACCAAACAGAGAGGUACUACCAUGAUAGUUUUGGGUAUGAUAUUCCCAUUUCAAAGAAUGGCAACUAUGUACUCAACCUCAAAUUCAGCGAGGUGUACUUCAGAUCACCCAACCAGAAGGUGUUUGAUAUAAAGAUGAACAAUCAGCCUGUCAUAGUGGGACUAGAUAUCUUCAACAAGGUUGGUUUCGGUACUGCACACGACGAAUAUGUGCCCUUCAAAAUACACGAAAGUUCCUUACUUAUUGGAGACUACAAGCUCGCAUUCGACGGUAACCUUCAUGUAGAGUUUGUAAAGACUCCAUACGAUAAUCCUAAAGUAAACGCUUUGGUGCUUUACGAGGGAACACUCAAUGAUGUUCCUAGACUACCCGCCAUUCAAAACGAAGACGAAGAUAUCGUCCAAGAAGAUAUUAUCCAAGAAGAUCCAGCCAAACCUGAUAUGCACAAAGAACGCCGAGCACCAGAACCUGCCCAACAAAAGAAAGUUUCCAGACCUAAGAAAGCCAACCCAUAUGACGAUCAAAGCGCCCAGUAUUGGCCCAUCAUCAUCAGUAUCGGCGUAUUCUUACCUACUGUCAUUCUACUCUAUACUCGUCAGAAAGCUAGUUAAGGCUGGCCCAGGGAUUACUAUAAACUGGACGUAGUUAUUUUUUUGUAUUUAAUAACAGUUGAAGUUUAAUGCUAGUUUCUGCUUUAUUUGUUUUGUUUGAUAAUAUACGUGUUGUGAUUAUGAACGUAUUGAGUUUUCUUGUUUUGUUAAAAUUCUGAUUCUUGUCGUCAACAUUUUAUAUAGAUAUUGGAAUGUUAUAUUUAUGAUAAGUUUACCCAGUUUUAAUGUGGGUAUAAACUGCGGGAAAUGAUUAAAUCAUCUAAUAUUUUUAUCAGUUAAGCUGUGUUCAACCUCUUAGGGAUCGUUCGCAAUUAGUACGUAAGAACUGUGUGUAAUAGUGUAACUGAUUGCCUGUUAUGCAGUACAUUGGGUUUGUUAGGAUAUUCUUUGAUCGUUUAAUCAGUGAUAUAUAUGCAAUUUUUGAUCGGUACAGUUAAAACUAGCUAUUUAUUUUAUUAUCCAAUAGGGCAAUCGUAUAUUUGUUUAAGAAUAAUUUUUAAUGCUUAUAUAGAUACAAACAACUGAAUGAUCGUUUCCUGAAUAUGUCCGAUAUGCUCCAAUAUUACAGAAUAUUUGUAGGCUGUAGGUCGCCUUGGAAUUGAAAUUUGAGUCGUCGACGUUUGCAUACUAGUGCACUAACUUUUUCCCUUAAAAACAAAAAAUCGUAUCAUAUUACUAAAACUAUAAUAACUAGACCCGGGCCUGCAUUAAACAAUUUCUUGCAAUUGACCAAGGAAAGCAAUCUUAUGGAAGUGAUCAAUUUUUCAGCUUCAAUUAAUACCUGUAGUUUGUAGUAUUUCGAUCUACCAACAUGUUUGUGUCUAUAAGCAAAAUCAAAUGUUUUAUCUCAAGCCGCCGGCCGGUCAUUUAAGAGAAGAUUAGAAUCAUGUCAAUUGUACUUUUGUAGUUGUAUAGAUGGAAAUAAUACUGACUUUACUUUGUUCGUUCAAUAAAAUGUAAUAGUGAUAUAUCCAAUGUCAUAGUCAAACCGUUUUAUAUGAACAUAAUUGCAAUGCAAUGGACACAAUACAAUGUAACGAGAAGAUUCGACAGAAAAUUUUCAUUGCAUUGUAUGUACGUGCAUUGUAUGUACGUUGGAAUGCCAGUGCAUUGCUGCUAUGUUUAUACAGUUGAAGAUAAUGUGUAUUUUGAUUCUUGGCGGAACUGAUUUGGUACUAUAUUGCAUCCAAUUAUGAUUGAGAUUCGUUUGUUUCUUCUGUUGUUCAAUUAUUUAAUGAAACUUUAAAUUCAAAA